CACACACACACACAAAUUAUUAUGACUACCCACGAGAACUACGACCCUUUCUUCCCCGACCAAACUGUCGUGGACCUUUACCUUCCUCUUUGGGCUACCCUACCCACUUUCCGAUCCAAACCCGCUUUCAUUUGGAUAGAUCAAACCCGACCACCUAAUGAAACCCGACUCACCUACUCCCAACUUAACAAUUCCGCUCAUUUCAUUUCCCAAAAUUUAUUAUCAUCUUUCCAUUUAAAGAAAGGUGGCACUAUAAUUAUCCUAUGUUCCCCCGGCCUAGACCUCGUUAAACUUCUUUUUGCAUGUCAACGGGCCGGGCUUACCGCCGUUCCUAUUUACCCGCCUGACCCGGAUUUUAAUCCGGAUAAUAGUACUAGUGUUACCGACCAUCUUGUUAAGGCAGUCUUAGAAACAAAUCCUAACGCCGCCAUAGCGGAUUCUAGUUACAUUACACGUGUACGACGCAACAAAUUUCUUCACCAGCGUUUGCGAUCUCUAUUGUGGAUACAGACGCAGGACGUCUUAUUAGAUUAUUCUGAUUCGAAUAAUAAUAAUAUUGUUUCAUCGUCUUUGUCCUCGUACGGUGGAUGUAAACAGAAUGAUAUUUACUUGAUUCAGUACACUUCUGGGGCGACUGGCAUUCCGAAACCGGUACUUGUGACCGCCGGUGCGGCGGCUCAUAAUGUAAGGGCGGCGAGGAAAGCUUAUGAUCUUCACCCAAAUAGCGUGAUUGUUUCAUGGCUGCCGCAGUACCACGAUUGCGGUUUGAUGUUUCUAUUGCUGACGGUUGUCUCCGGCGCGACGUGUGUGAUGACGUCGCCGAUGGCGUUUGUUAAGCGGCCGGGGAUCUGGUUGGAAUUGAUAUCGGAGUAUAGAGGGAGUUGUACGCCUGUUCCUUCAUUCGCGUUACCGUUGGUAAUGAAGAGGGGUGGGAUUCAAAAGAAGAUUGAUUUAUCCAGCUUGAAGAAUCUGAUUGUUAUCAAUGAGCCGAUUUAUAACGAUGAUGUUGAAGAAUUUCUGGAUUUCUUUAAAGGGUUUGGUUUGAAUCCGAUGGCGAUUGCUCCUUCUUAUGGGUUGGCUGAGAAUUGUACUUUCGUUUCCACAUCGUGGAUCAGCGAGUUCUCUACUGUAACAUGUUCGUCUCAAUCUCAUUCUCUCCCAAGCUACAAGAAGUUGUUACCAAGCGCCAGACUUUCACCCACAUCAAUUGGAGAAGACAAUGACAUCAAAAUUCUGGUCGUGAAUGAAGAAACCAACGAUUCAGUUCAAGACGGAACAGAAGGAGAAAUAUGGGUUUCUUCUCCUAGCAACGCAUCUGGUUAUCUCGGGCAUCCUUCGCAAACCCAAGAAGUUUUUGGUCAAAGAAUUAGAAACACAUCCUUUGUCCGAACAGGGGACAGAGGAAUUGUAUUGGGACAAGAAAGAUUCCUCUUUGUAAUAGGGAGAUUGGCGGAUGUGAUCAAAAGCAAGUUCGGGGGAGAUAUUCAUCCUCAUUAUAUAGAAACUGCGGCAUACAAGAGCUUCCGGAAUGUUCUCCGGGGAGGUUGCAUUGCAGCGUUUGAAUCUUCGGGUAGAAUUAAGAAGAUUGUUGUAACUGCGGAAUUACUUAAAGAAGGUAAAUUAGUUGUUGGGUCGGAGAUGCUCAAGGGAAUUUGUGAGAGAAUAGAUGAAGGAGUGAGGAAAGAAACGGGAGUGGAGGUUGGGUUUGUGGCUAUAGUUCAAAACGGGAGUAUUCCAAAGACCACAUCGGGGAAGAUAAAAAGAUGGGCGGCCCGUGAUAAGUUUUUGGGAGGGGAAAUGGAUGUGUUAAUGCAAAUGGAGUUUGGACAUGACGAUGAUCAAGAAGAAGAAAUCAUUCCAAAACAUCAAUUCAUACUUUCAUCUCUAUAAAAAAAAA